AUGUCUGCUCUCAGAAAGCGAACCCGAACUGUGGAGUCCCCUGUCAUGGCCAACGACGUCACACUUCACCAACCCCAAAUCUCUGCCUACGAGCUCUCCAGAGAGCAGAGAAUCCGCGAGAACCGUGAGAGAAUGGGAAAGUUAGGCAUCUUUGACCUUUCUCUCGCCCUCAAGCUCCACAACAACACCAAAUCCUGCCCACCUUCUAGAUCCUAUUCCUCUCACAAACCCAAAACCCCUCCUACUUCUCUCAACCCCUCCGCCCCUGUUCGCCGCUCUUCUAGAUUGAAGAAUGUGACUCCUGUUAGUUACUCUGAAGUUCCUGUCAAGAAAGCUGAGCUUGUAGAUCGAGGAAGGGUGGUGAUAGAAGAAGGUGCAAAGCCCGAAGUGUACACUGACGAACACCAGAAGCUCUUAGGGAACACCCAGAAACCCUGGACACUCUUCGUUGAUGGUUGUGGAAAAGAUGGAAAGCGAAUAUACGACUCCGUCCGUGGUAAAACAUGCCAUCAGUGCAGGCAAAAAACACUUGGUCACCGCACAUUUUGUAGUCAAUGCAACAUGGUCCAGGGGCAGUUUUGUGGAGAUUGCUUAUAUAUCAGAUAUGGGGAGCAUGUACUUGAAGCCAUACAGAAUCCAACUUGGCUAUGCCCCGUUUGUCGCGGAAUUUGCAACUGUAGCUUGUGCCGCCAAGCCAAAGGAUGGGCCCCAACUGGCCCUUUAUAUAAAAAGAUAUCGGCUUUGGGUUACAAAUCAGUUGCACACUACCUUAUUCAAACCCGGCGUGCAGAAAUGGAUGUGGAGAAAAAUGCAGAUGCUUCCAACUCAGUUUCUGCAAAAAGGUCACUGCCCUUCUCUGAUGUGGACAACAAGUCUCUUGAGUUCAAUGAGAAUCAUCUGGGAUCAUUGAAGCCUCUUGCUGAAACUGAAGCUGAUGGUGCUGAGGUUUCAACAAAGAGAUUGCUUUUUUCUGAUGAGCAAGAUCAACUUGAAAAGAUUGAGUGUUCAGAUACCCCGAAACCGCUUCAGCUUGAAAAAGAUGAGUGUUCAGAUACCCCGAAACCGCUUCAGCUUGAAAAAGAUGAGUGUUCAGAUACCAUAAAGCCUCUUUCUUCUUCCUCCCAACCAAGCUCAGACUGCAUUGCUGGAAGACUUAGGUCUAGGGUCAAAAAAUCAUGA